AUGGCAGAUGCUGAGGCAGGCAAGAAGAUCUUUAUUCAAAAAUGUGCUCAGUGCCACACAGUGGAGAAAGGUGGAAAACACAAGACUGGUCCAAAUCUCUGGGGCCUUUUUGGCAGAAAAACAGGACAAGCGCCAGGAUUUUCUUAUACCGAGGCAAACAAAAACAAAGGCAUUAUCUGGGGAGAGCAGACUUUGAUGGAAUAUUUGGAGAACCCAAAGAAAUAUAUCCCUGGAACUAAAAUGAUCUUUGCUGGUCUUAAAAAGAAGAGUGAGAGAGAAGAUCUUAUUGAGUAUUUGAAACAGGCAACAUCUUCAUGA